CAAGCUAAGCUGAUCGGGAUCGAAAAAUUCACCUUUAAUACUUCAUUUAGUAGUAUAAAAUGACAAAUAAAUUUUUCCCUUUUCAAAUGGAAUCCAAUAAUUUAAGACAUUAGAAAUGGUGUUAAGUUUGAAAGUCUUAGAUUGAGAUAACACAACUACUACUCUGUUGCAAUGAAUCCAUUGAUGCAAAUGCAACAGCAUCCUCUACAUUGAUCAUCGAUUCGCUUGAGAAUUGUCACAAUGAAGCUUCAUCAUCAAUUAAACCAACUCAACCACUCUCAAAAAUCAGCUUUUGUUGCAGUUUUUGUCAUUCUCUUUCCCUUUUUCAUUCCCAAUCUCUUCCAACCUUUGGGUCGUGCUUCACCUUCUAUCUUCUCCGAAUGGAUUGCUCCUAAACCUAGACACGUCACAUUGCUACAGGGUGCUCUACAACGCCGAAUUUCUGUUGAAGUACAAACCAAUCUUUGGUCUCCCUUGGCUUACCAAGGAUGGAAACCUUGUACUGUGCCUCCAAAAUCACCUUCGCUGCCCGAAAAGUCUAGGGGUUAUAUCCAAGUUUUCCUGGAUGGAGGAUUGAACCAACAGAAGAUGGGGAUAUGUGAUGCUGUUGCUGUUGCUAAAAUUUUGAAUGUAACGUUGGUGAUCCCGCAUUUUGAAGUGAAUCCUGUAUGGCAAGAUUCAAGUUCAUUUGCAGAUAUAUUUGACGUUGAUCACUUCAUUGAUGUUCUCCGUGAUGAAGUAUCUAUAGUGAAAGAGCUUCCUGGUGAGUACUCUUGGAGCACAAGAGAGUACUAUGCCACAGGCAUUAGAGCUACCAGAAUUAAAACAGCACCAGUUCAUGCUACCGCAGAUUGGUAUACAGAAAAUGUAUUGCCGGUACUUCAGAGUUAUGGUGUUGCUGCCAUUGCACCGUUCUCUCAUCGCUUGACAUUCAACGGCUUACCAUCAGACAUCCAGCGUCUCCGUUGCAAGGUCAACUUUGAAGCACUGAACUUUGUUCCACACGUUAAGGAAUUAGGAGAUAUCCUUGUUCAGCGUCUUCGCUACAAUUCUAGUAUCAACCAAGCAGAAUCAAAUGAUUAUUUGCCAGAGGAAGCCGAUAAACUUGGGAAACAGCAAAGCGGGAAGUUUGUUGUGUUGCAUCUGCGUUUUGAUAAAGAUAUGGCAGCCCAUUCAGCUUGUGAUUUUGGUGGGGGUAAAGCUGAGAAACUUGCUCUAGCUAAAUACCGGCAGGUGAUUUGGCAGGGAAGAGUAUUGAAUUCCCAAUUCAAUGAUGAAGAGUUGAGAAAUCAGGGGCGUUGCCCACUGACUCCCGAAGAGAUUGGAUUGCUCCUAGCUGCUUUGGGGUUCAACAACAGAACACGACUUUAUCUUGCUUCCCACAAGGUUUAUGGUGGAAAAGCUAGGUUGGAAACUUUAAGCACAUUAUUUCCUUUUAUGGAAGAUAAGAAAAGUCUAGUCUCUGCAGAGACAAUGGCCAAAGUUAAUGGAAAGGCAUCACUAUUAGCUGCUGUUGAUUAUUAUGUGAGCAUGCACAGUGACAUCUUCAUUUCUGCUUCUCCGGGCAAUAUGCACAAUGCUCUGGUGGCACAUCGUGCUUAUAAGAAUCUGAAGACUAUCAGACCAAACAUGGCACUUUUGGGCCAGCUAUUUCAGAAUAAGAGCAUAGGCUGGUCAGAUUUUCAGCGUGCGGUUCUUGAUGGACAUAAGAACAGACAGGGGCAGAUAAGAUUAAGAAAGGAGAAGCAGUCAAUUUAUACAUACCCUGCUCCUGAUUGCAUGUGUAGAGCUUAGUUGAAACAAGUUUUGGCAGAUGUAAAUUGAUCGUUAGCUUAAUUGCACUUAUGGCUUCUAUAGUUUCGUGCCGUGAUGUAAGAUAGCCAAAGACUGGAAGAGUGCUCCUCUUUGACAGAAUGCUCGCCGUAUAAACAAAUCAAGUUCUAAAUACAACCUCGGUCCUUGGGCAGGAUACCGAGUUUUCAAAAAUAAAUAAUGAAAGUUUGAAAUACAACCUGAUGUAAGUAAAAUUGUCAUACUAUUAGCUAUCCUAUAAUAUUGAGUAUCUGAGUUGUUCUACUCACAAUGGAGUUCAGUUUUUCUCCCCAAAUUCUACUUGCAGGGUUAUUCUGUUGGAUUUUCAAUUCAUGCAAUUAAGGAUACAUUUAUCUAAAUUCUUCUGAACUCAGCUCAUAUUCCUUCUGAACUCAGCUCACAUUCCAAUAGAUGAAUGGGAAAGGGGAAAAGUUGCAUGUUGUUGAACGGUGUUUGGGUGGGUCUGAAUGGUGAAACAAACAUGGUCUAACAAAAUUGACAUGGAAUGCAGUUGAAUUUAGAGGGGACAAAGUUAAAUUUCAGAAAAUUUAAUAAAGUUCCCUUGAUUAUUGUUAACUGUAUAUUGCACUAUAAACAAUUUUUUCCAUCUCCGGCUCAUGUGAACAGCUUGUGAUACAGACAUACAAUGAUUUUGGCAUAUGAUUUGAGGAAA